UCCACUAGGGUUACUAGUGGCCGCCUUGAGGGCGGGGGUGACUGGAGCUCCGGGUACAUUUAUCAACAUCAUGGGGGGCAAUUUAAUAUUAUUGAAACGGAGAACUAACUAAGGAUGUUUCACUUUCGAGGGGUUCAGCUCCUGGGUGGUCCUCGAGGUGGAAAUAUAUUUUCUCAGACCUUUCUAUUGUGUUUUUCAAGAACUUGCGGUGUAAAUAUUUUUCAGGCUAAAGAACUUUGUAGUGUUUGUAAAUAUUUGUGUAAACACAAUCAUUUGAAGGCUAUUCAAAGGACAUGUAAAUUUAUUAGUAAUGCUGAUGAGGCAGCUUCCCAUGCAAGAGGUGUUGGUUUCUGUCCUAGAAGUCGGGCACCUCUGCUGUCUCGCCCUGAGUGGAGUAGAGCAGUCAUAUCCAGAAGCAUUUCAACUGCAGGAGCUCAGAAGCUUUUUUGGGAAAGGGAACCAAAAGGUGGAUAUGGAAGGAAGAUAAAGUACAAUCAUAAAGAACUCAUUCGUGAUGGCCUGAGGGACAUGCGAUCUGAAAUUACAAAAUGGAAGGAAGAGUUGCAAGAACAAAUUGAAAAUGAUCCCAUUAUAGUCAGACCAGGUGACAUGGACAAGAUCUUGGUUCUGGAUAGUGAAGAGUCAUUGAACCACUGGAUAGUGACAUGUGAUUCAGAUCAUUGUGAGGGUUACAGUUCGGCUUCACUAAGUGUUUCUCCAACAGGACAUGGCUUAUUCUCAGGCCAUAUUAGCACUCAGGUCCCUAAAGAUGGAAAAACAAAACGUGCAGGCUACUGCAAUAUGAGGACAAUUAGACCAAGGAAGUCCUUUAGAAGAGAGAUGUACUUGGACUGGUCAUGUUACAACCACUUGGAGUUACGAGUACGAGGGGAUGGCAGAUCUUACCUCGUAAAUAUUUCCACUGCUGGAUAUUAUGAUAUAACCUGGAAUGACAUGUUCUCAUACGUAUUAUAUACUCGAGGAGGGCCUCACUGGCAGAUCACGAGGAUCCCAUUCUCUAAAUUUUUUUUUAACAGUAAAGGUCGUGCACAAGAUAAGCAAGUGCCAAUCGUUCUUCAUCGAGUAGUUUCUCUUGGAAUAUCAGCAGGAGAUCGUGUUAAUGCACCGUUUAGAUUAGAAAUAGACUACAUAGGUCUUUAUAAUGAUCCAGAUCACACAGAGACAUUUGCCUAUGAGAUGUAUAGAGUUCCUAAAUAUACAUCUGCACAUUAAGUUAGGAAAACUACCUAUGUUUUCAGUGUACUCUACUGUAUAUACAAAAUUGCAGCAUAAACAUUAAUAAAUUUA